UUGUCUAUCGUAUGAUCCUGGAGUUACCAUCGAUAACAAUGUUUGCGUACUUGUGCGAGUACAUACGAAUUGAACGAAAUCAGAGUCUGCCUCCGCUGUUGGAGAGCUGGUUCACCGAUACACGACUCAUCAAACACCUUUGGUGGAAUGGACGACCCCAAAAUUCACGAGAUUGGAAGGAAGCAGUAGAAAAUUGGGUGAUAGCAGAUGGAAAGGGCGUGGUAGUAACGGAAAGGAGGCAUAAACCGCUCUUAUCCCAGGCCAUCAUCGAGAACAGCUAUCGCUGUCACAAACAAAUUCUCCAGGGCUUGAAGCAGCAGCCCGUGUCAGACUGCCUCGAACGCGAGCUUAACUUUCCAGAUACGGAUAGAAUUCGGGCUUACGUUUUCGACACCGUUCGUUCAAUCUUAGGAGAUAUCGGAUCUGAAUGGGGAAAAGCCGACGCCAUGUGUGCGUUGCGAAUGUACCAACAAUGUCGCCCAGGCGGAAAGGCGCAGUUGGUCGUGGAUUCAUUUGUCGACAAGUGGAAGCUAGCUGAAAGUAGCUGAGCCUAGCACUGAAAGGAUAUUAGCUGGUGGUGUCUUGAUGAGAGUAUAAUAGUGAGGUUAAAAAAGAUGAUCGCUGUGGUGCGUUGGGUGUCUUGUUCACAAAACUCUUUGGGCUUGACAAAAUUCGUAUGCCUACUUGUGGAACAUAAGCCAGGCGAGAAGAGAGGAAGGCUUGAUUGGCCUUCGAAGUGGCUCAGGAGAUACUCCAUUGCAGCGAUUGCCUCCCACAGACGGCCAU